AUGGCAAUGUCGAGUCGGAGGUCCAAUGGUGCCACCGGGAAAGAUCUCAUGAAGACUUUCAGAGGAAAUCUCCAAGCUGUGGAAGCUGGAGAUGCCCUCUUGUCUUUGGAUGCUUUUUGCAAGAAGCAUCAUGUGCUCAUGAAGGAGAUUUUGGGCAUCACUACUCGGCCGACUGCAGCUGUCAUGCGUGAAUCAAUGAGCUUGGUGUGGCCAGGGGCACCAAGCUUGGAGCUGAAGACGUUUGCGAAUCAUCUUCACGAAGUUUACAAGACUCUCUUCACGAAGACUCGCAACAUGUCCACAGGAGGAAGGCUGGCCGACAGCAUUCAGGACAUGUGCUUCUUCAUCAAGGACUUGCUCCGUUUACCGGAGAGUAAGCAGGGGUCCAAGAGGGCAAGCUCAGGCUCUGCCCGGUCGCCCAAAGCCUCUCCGAAGAAGAAGAUCAAGCAAAGGCUGGACUCGACAUGCCAAAAGGCAUCGACAAGGAAACUUGAGGUUCACGUCUCUGUGUCCUCUUCGGAUGCAGGUGCAACAGUUAAGAAGGAGCCGGCAGAAGCUGCAGAACCUGCAAGCCAUACGAGAGAUGGGCCAAGGCCUCUGCCUACAGGCCAAAUCAGCAAGCUAUACCAGCAGGCUGCAUCGGCCGCCAGCUUUUUCCACACAGAUUUGUCAGUACCAACGGUGCUGCGAAUUGCAGGUGACAGCCGAGAGGCUGCCAAGAUGCACAAGGGGCCUUCUGGUUUUGCUGUGGCAGUGUGGUCCGAUGGGCAUCAGAUCGUGAGCGAGAUCCCGAACCUUCUGCUGGACAAAGCAGCUGCAGCCAAAGCAUCUCCUAAAGGAAAAGCAAAAGCAGCUAGCAAAAAGAAGCCAGCUGCAGUCAUCAAGAAGCCAGCCUGCCUUCCGCAGGAAGAUGGAGAAUCUCCAGCUGCAGGUGCAGAUGAUGCUGCAGCAGGCCAAGAUCUCGAAGCCCCUGCCGAAGCCGCUCUGGUUCCAGUCGAUGCUCCAGCUGCAGAUGAUGAUCAGGAUCCGAACUAUGGGGAUGUGGCGGUUCUCCCUGCAAAUGCGGUUCUUCGGAAGGAGUAUCGUGCAGCAAACAACACCAUGGCCUUUCGCAUGAUUUGGCGAAACGAAAAGAACAAAGAGUGCAAGAGGCAGAUGUUCCAGCUGAAAGGCGGCUCCGCCACCACGAAGGAGCAAUUGCAUGCAACAGGAGAGGAAGCCCUACGAAAAGCUCGAGCUGGAGAGCCUUUGGCCCAGGUCGAGACCAUGGUGCUCGUGCCGCUCUACUGCGAGGACAAGGACUGA